AAGAAAUUUAUUUUGCUUUGCUUAUGCAUGCAGCUUUGCUUUGCCUCUGCAAGGAGGAGGAGAGGACACGGACAGGCACACAGACACGAAGCCCGCCGCCCAAGCUCUCUCCGAUGGCGACGAGCCUCCAUCCGUCUCCACGGAAACAGCCCGGUGGCGGGCCGCUCCGUUGCCAUGGCAACCGGAAGUGCCGCGCGGCGCUGGCCCCGCCCAAGUCGACCCGCGGGAAGGGUUACCGCCCUCAGAAGAUGGCGGACGGCGAGGCAGCUCCCGCUCAGCAGGAAGGGGAAAUGUCGGCUGCCGGCCCGGUUGUCCGGAAGGAGCGACAGCACCGCGGCGGCGGCCGUCCGCCCAGCGCGCGAGAUUUGCAGUUGGCCUUGGCAGAGUUAUAUGAAGAUGAAGCUAAAAGGCAGUCAUUGCGUCCUGACAAAGCAACCACAACAAAGAUGAGUAACUCAAAGGGUCUUAAAAUAGAUUCUUUCAGAAGUUUGAGAAAACCGGAGAGAAGCAUGAGUGAUGACAAAGAAAACCAAAGAUUUUAUUCAGGUGACUCAGAAUACAGAGGAUUACAAAUUUCUGGGGCUUCUAACAAUCCAAGUAAAAUUGUUGCUGAACUCUUCAAAGAAGCAAAAGAACACGGGGCUGUACCACUAGAUGAAGCCUCAAGAACAUCUGGUGACUUCAGUAAAGCGAAGUCAUUUUCUGGUGGUGGAUAUAGAUUAGGUGACUCGUCUCAAAAGCACUCUGAAUAUAUAUAUGGAGAAAAUCAAGAUGUUCAAAUUUUGCUGAAACUGUGGAGGAAUGGCUUCAGUUUAGAUGAUGGAGAACUGAGAUCCUAUUCAGACCCAAUAAAUGCUCAGUUUCUUGAGUCUGUUAAAAGGGGGGAAAUUCCUGUGGAACUGCAGCGACUUGUUCAUGGUGGCCAGGUUAACCUGGAUAUGGAAGACCACCAGGAGCAGGAAUAUGUGAAGCCAAGACUGCGAUUCAAAGCUUUCAGUGGAGAAGGGCAAAAACUUGGAAGUCUUACACCUGAAAUAGUCAGCACACCUUCAUCUCCAGAGGAGGAGGACAAAUCCAUUCUUAAUGCACCUGUUCUGAUUGAUGAUUCUGUUCCAGCAACUAAAAUUCAAAUCAGAUUAGCUGAUGGAAGCCGAUUAAUACAAAGAUUUAAUCAAACACACAGGAUUAAAGAUAUUCGAGAUUUCAUUAUCCAGUCCCGUCCAGCAUUUGCAACAACUGAUUUUGUUCUUGUGACGACCUUUCCAAAUAAAGAGCUAACAGAUGAAAGCCUGACACUACGAGAAGCAGAUAUACUUAACACUGUGAUUCUCCAGCAAUUAAAGUAAUCUUAAAGUUGUUGCUAACAGAAUGGAGUAUGUGCUGUAUUGUCAUACAGUGUUUUCAGUAGAUGAAAAAACGAAGGAUCAAUGUCUUUAUUCUUCCACUUCCAUAGAUCAGAUUUUUAGGUUUUGUGUCUUCCAGCUAUAGCAUAUCUUAUUUUAAUUUCUCAGCAUUGUUUAAUCCCUUCUCAGUGUUAAAUUGAGCUUCCUUUUGUUACUAUGUUUCAAACAAUGCCAUGUAUGAGAUAUGAGUUAUCACAGUGACUCUUCAGUGUUUUAUGGCGGGGGGAGGGGGAGGGAGGAGAAGCAUUUUUCUGGAGGGGACGGUGUAUUUAAUACUGUUGGUAAGAUUUGCACUAUGGAAAUGUUUUAUGCUGCACUGACAAACAGCCAUGUGAAAACUUAGCCUGUAGGUUAUGUUUACCUUCCAAGGUGUAUUAACAUUAAAGUAUUCUGUUUGAUAGGUUGACGGAUAAUUAAUGUUGUAUUAUAAGUUUUGUAUAUUCUGUUUCUAGGGUUUCAUGGUGUAGUAUAAUUAUUUAUAUUCUAAAUCUUAUGUAAAUAUCCUUAUGUUGUUUUGAGGGAAUCUGUGUCAGGAGAUGCAAAGCUCAGCUCUUGCAGAUUAUAAUAGUGUUCUCAUUUGUAUUCUGGUUGUUCUACUUGUGGUGUAAAUUAAGAAUGAAUUUUUUUUCUUCUGAAGUUAGGGAAAUGAGAAAGACUACUGUCAUCUGAAGAACUGGUGUGAUGUAGACUUUGUGAGGGUAGGUCUGUGGUUACUUUGAACUUGGACCCUGUGCAACUGUGUGAUUCUUCACAUGAGCAGUUACUUAAAAA